GAUGCCUUCUCUUAGAGAUCAAAAUGUUUUUGAUAUUUUUAUCUGUCUUUUUUCUGUAUUUCUUGCUUUUAUCUUUACUUUUUUAUUCUAUUUACCUGCCAUGCCUUAUGCUCUUAUUUUUUAUUUUAUUCCAUAUUAUUUUAUCUUGCAUCAUUUUUUUUAAUCUUACUUUACUGUACAGCACAUUGAAUUGCAUUUAUGUAUGCGCUAUAGCCUACAAAUAAAAUGGCCUUGCCUUGCCUUGAUGCAAACCAACCACAGCACCUAAAUGACGCACCUGCACUUAUUUUUUGCCUUCCUUAUUAGAAAAACAACAACAACAAAAAAACAGAACAGUUUAGGCUGUUAGGAACAUUGGCCCAUAAGGUUAUUCUUGUAAUUCGGUGCUUAUGAAUCGUUGUAAGCCCAAUGUCGUUGCCCUUUUACUAACGGACAUACGGUAAGGAAAUUAUGACGUCAGGGCACACCUUUUCCAAAACGUUUGGCUCCAGGCAUCGCGUUUAUUGACUUGGAAGGUCACCAAGUGCGUCUUUGGUGCAUGUUGGCACCAGGGUGUUCGAGCACCAGCACAGCAGUUACCCGACCGCUGCACCAGGCGGGCGGACGACAAUCGGCUGCAGCGGCUGGAACUGGAUAAAAAAAAUCUCGGGCGGUAGGGAGGCUGCAUUUCCUUCUUUGCGUUCAGCCUGAAGUCAUGUUUUCAUAGAGCAAAGACGUCAACAUUGCCUUCAACUCAGCCCAGCGCACCGGAAAGGUCACCAUGUCUGCGUGCCUACAGCGGGAUAAAGGGUUAGCCAGUGGCGCUGAACCCAAGAGGACCGAGCCCCGAGGCAAUGAGAAGAAAUGCUCAUGGGCCUCGUACAUGACCAACUCCCCCACUGUCAUAGUCAUGAUUGGCCUACCCGCCAGGGGCAAGACCUACAUGUCAAAGAAGCUGACCCGAUACCUCAACUGGAUUGGAGUGCCAACCAAAGUGUUUAACCUGGGCGUGUAUCGCCGAGAGGCCGUGAAAGCGUACAAGUCCUAUGACUUCUUCAGGCAUGACAACGCGGAGGCCAUGAAAAUAAGGAAACAGUGUGCGUUGGUGGCACUGCAAGACGUCAAGGCCUACUUGAACGAGGAGGGAGGCCAGAUUGCCGUGUUUGAUGCCACCAACACCACGAGGGAGAGACGAGAUCUCAUUCUGAGCUUCGCAGAGGAGAAUGCCUACAAGGUGUUCUUUGUGGAGUCAGUGUGUGAUGACCCCGAAGUGAUUGCUGCUAACAUUAUGGAAGUGAAGGUGUCGAGUCCAGAUUACCCAGAGAGCAACAGGGAGAGGGUGAUGGAUGACUUCCUGAAGCGUAUCGAGUGCUACAAAGUCACCUAUCAGCCACUGGACCCUGAUGAAUAUGACAAAGACCUAUCCUUCAUCAAGGUGAUGAACGUGGGCCGUCAGUUCCUGGUGAACCGCGUGCAGGACUACAUCCAGAGCAAGAUCGUCUACUACCUCAUGAACAUCCAUGUACACUCCCACUCCAUCUACCUGUGCCGGCACGGAGAGAGCGACCACAACGUGCAGGGCCGCAUCGGCGGAGACUCUGAGCUCUCACCGCGUGGCAAGCAGUUCUCUCAUGCGUUGCGCGACUUCAUCGAGGAGCACAAGCUGUCGGACCUGAAGGUGUGGACGAGUCAGCUGCGCAGGACCAUCCAGACGGCCGAGGAGCUGGGCGUGCCCUACGAGCAGUGGAAGAUCCUCAACGAAAUAGACGCCGGUGUGUGUGAGGAGAUGACUUAUGAGAUGAUAGAGAGCACUUUCCCAGAGGAGUUUGCCUUGCGAGACCAGGACAAGUACCACUACCGCUACCCUGGAGGAGAGUCCUACCAGGACCUGGUGCAGCGCCUAGAGCCGGUGAUCAUGGAGCUGGAGCGCCAGGGCAACGUGCUGGUCAUCUGUCACCAGGCCGUCAUGCGCUGCCUACUGGCUUACUUCCUGGACAAGAGCGCAGAUGAUCUUCCCUACUUGAAAUGUCCACUACAUACAGUUUUGAAGCUGACACCAGUGGCUUAUGGAUGCAACGUGGAGACGUUUUUCCUGAACGUGGAGGCCGUGAGCACCCAUCGCGACCGACCUCUUGGCAAAGUGCGAAGAGAGCCCGCGCCCGUGCUGCUCCGUCGGAAUAGUUUCACCCCUCUUUCCAGUCACGACCAGGUCAAACGGCCGCGGCUCUACAGCGUGCCGUCAACCAACCGGCCCUUUCUGCCCUUCGCGGCCGCCCCCUCUGCCCUGCAGUUCCCCGAGACGCCAGAGGGGGAGCUGAUGCACCAGCAAAGCCAACCCCGGGUGGGAAGCAGCUGUCUGAACCCCUCUGUGAAGGAAGUGACACUGACAUCCCAGAACACACUGGUGACUGUGUCCGCUACUGAGUAGAGACGGGAGAGACAACUCCACUGUACACCGACCACACCAUCCACCAACCUCACCCCUGAACCUCCAAAACUCCUCAUCCAAUGGAUAUCUUGAUCUCGCUAUCACACCACCUCCUCCUCUUCCUCUUCCUCCUCCUCCUCAUCUUCCACUUAUGUGUAAUCCUUAACACGUAGAUCAGACACACAAAUGCACAUAGAAACAAAGUAGCUCAAUAUGAAACAACCAGCAUGUCCAAUAAUAUCAACAAAAAGCAAGUCAAGUGAAAAAGCGCUCAGCAUGGGCCCUAUACUCCUUUAGAAAUAUUCAAAUGCUUUCAAUUAGUCCCGUGUCUUCAGCUAUGGAUGCCUUAUCUGUGACUACGCACAACACUGAGAAAAAAAAUCAGUUUGAACUGAAACUGAACUGAAUGUUGGACAGAGCCAAGGGUAAUCUUAUUUUAUGUAUUUAAUCAAUCAACAUCAUUUUUGUCUGAAUUUCUGCCAGGUCGCUAAGAUUUUUGUCAGUCUUAACAUGUUUGUUUAUUAUAGAUUCAGACUGUUACAGUGAGGUAACUGCUCAUCAGUUUGUGUACAGGUGAUGUGUAGGGCAGACCCUGCAGAGGUAGUGAUGGCAUUGGCUGCCCACCAAAGAAUGUAAGUCAGUGACUGACAGAGAUGCAGCCUGGGAUGUAAUUUAACCCAUAGAGUAACGGCUCUGCUGUGAUUGUAAGGACAAUUGGGCAACAUGUCAAAUUAUUGCAUGGGUUUGUCAUGGUUAUAUAGGGUGCAGGGUACAACAUAACUGACACGCUUUUCAACCCAAAGAUACCAAAUAUUUCCUGCAUGAAUGCAUAAACCAACUAUAUUAGAAUAAUUAUUUGUGAAACAACUAAAACUAAAAGUUUGCUUUGUGUAACCACUUUCUACUUUGAUGAGGUGUAGCUUUGGUAGUGUAUUACAGGUCAAAGUCCAGCAGGGGUUGCUGCUUAGGCCAAAAACACUCAUACCUCAAAAAACAAGGGUAGGUUAGAGCCAUACUGACAUAGAACAUGCAAAGAUGUAAUGUAUAAAUUCUAUUACCCUACUGGCAGACAGUGAAGUCAGGCUUUAGUAACUGUUGAAGGGACCAAAUACCAGUUUGUGGGUUUCCCUGUCAACGUUGUCUGGGCAUACCAGGAGACUUCAUUCACUAAUUUAAUAUAUAGGCCUAUAUAUAUUUGUUAGAUGUAUUUGAUAUGAAAGAAGGCUAUUGUAAUCACAUUUUACAUACUACUGUAAUGUAUCAAAAUUAUUAAUGCUUACUAAAGAAACAAGAAAAAAUACACACAGGCACUAGCCUUUCUUUUCAAAAUACCAAAAUGGAGCCCUCUUGUGGUUAGUGAAACACAGAACAAAAUACAGAUUGGUACAAUAUUAUUAUAAUUAUUUUUAGUUAUGUUGCUAUUGGUGUCACUACACCAUUCUCAAACACCAUUUGCCACAAAGUAUGUCGUGCCUUUCACAGGUUUUGUCCAGCUCAAAGCCAGAUAUCCUAUACAAAGGAUCUCAUUUUUAGGGUACUAUAGAAGAUUUUUGACUAAAACUAAAAGGCAUAGAAAGCAUGAAUUACACUUUGCAGAAUGUCAAAGAAACUGGAUUUUUUUUUUUUUUAAAGGCGAGUAGGUCAUCAAAUUGAAAAUCACACUGGAAAGAAUGUUUUCACAGCUGUCAUGAGAUUUUGAUGAGAUGAGAUUUUGAUUUUGUUUUGUAAUGGUAUGUGCCCUUUAAUAUUAGAGUGCAUAAGCAAAAGCUAUAUUAGAUAUGAACUGUAGAUGUAUAUUUAUAGAGACCUGCCUUCUAGGAGGGCAACAUAGGCAUACUGAAGGAUGUAAAUAUCUUUGCAUACAUUGGUUCCACAUAUGAUACACAGAAAUGUAUAAUUUUGCUAAUAGUCUGGCAAAGAAAGGAUUUACAAUCUUGAUACAGCAGUUUGGCCCAUUGCUAUCACUGUAUGAUGCUGCUGUGAAUGUGAGACUUGUGAUGCACAGCUUUUGUCUGCUCAGAAAAACAAACUACUGGUACUACUACAAAACUGUCUUGCUUUGGAUAGGCAUUUACACCUGCAGCUGUAUCAAGACAAUGCUAAUGCAAACAUGCCUUUAAAUUCAGGGGAUGUUGUAUGAAAUGUGUUUUUUAAUUGUGAAGCUGUGCCUCUGAAAUAGACGGAGAAGGUAUAGUAGCCUACUAUGCUCUGUUAUGUGAUGGUGUUUCGCGUUGUCGAAAUGAACGCAGUUCAACAAGCCUUCAGCAGAGCUGAAUCCUAUUCUACUGUGCCAUGGACGUUUUAUGAAGCCAGCCUUGUUCAGUGCAUUGUGGAAUUCACGUUUUGCUGCAUUGGAAUGGUAGGGUCUGCUGUAGUUGCUGACUUGUCUGCUUGUUGACAAAUGUUCCUGUGUUUUGAAGUGGAGAAGGUCAUUGUCUGCUGUAUUUAUAGAGGUUUUGUCUCCAUGUAUUUCUGUUAUAAGCUCACAAGAUUGUUCAUCAAGCACAUGUAUGGCUGUAAGAAUAGUAUGCAAUCUGUACAUUAAAAUGUUAAAUGGAAAAUUUGUGUAUUUUUUCCUUAUCUUUAUAAUCAUUUCUGUACUACAUAAUGUCAUAUUAUAGUUAUACGGCUACACUAGAGUAGGUCUUUUUUAUUGUAACAACACAUCAAAGACAAACGUUGGAAAGGCGGAGUACAGUGCAAACAUUAACCAACACUAGAGUACAAUCAAAGACAUGGGGACACGGAACAUGACAGAGGGACGCUGUCAU